AUGGGAAGGAAGACGUGGUUCGACGUUGCAGGGAUGAAGAAAGGAGAGUGGACGGCGGAGGAAGACCGUAGGCUCAUCGCUUACAUCAACGAGCUUGGCAUCACAGACUGGCGUUCUCUCCCCAGAAGAGCCGGUUUGAAUAGAUGUGGAAAGAGCUGCAGAUUAAGGUGGCUUAAUUAUCUAAGGCCGGGGAUUAGAAGAGGCAAAUUCACUCCUCAGGAAGAUGAAGCUAUCAUCAAAUUUCAUGCAUUUCUCGGAAACAGGUGGGCAGCAAUAGCACAGCUGAUGCAGAAUCGAACAGACAAUGAUAUCAAGAACCAUUGGAACUCUUGUCUGAAGAAAAGACUCGAAAGAAACGGAAUCAACCCGAUGACCCACGAGCCCAUCAUCAAACACCUCACCGUCAAGACCAAUAAAGAAGACUUUGGUAGCACUUCCACGACAACGUCAUCGUCGAUGGAAAGCUCUCCUUCCUCAGGAUCAGCUCGUAUCCUCAAUAAGCUCGCCGCAGGUAUCUCAUCUAGACAACACAGUCUCGAUAGGAUCAAGUACAUCUUGUCGAACCCAAUAAUCAUAAGCAGUGACCAAGUAGAAGAAGGAAGGGAGUUAGAUAUGGAUCACAAGAUUGACGGUGGUGAAGAAGAAGAUGAUAUUCAGAUUUGGGACGAGGAGGAAGUUAGGCGUUUAAUGGGGAUUCAUGUAAUGGACUACGAGAUGACGUCGUACGACUCUGUCAUGUACGAGAGUACACACAUACUUGAUCAUCUCUUUUGA